CAUUAAACUACAUCUCCUUCUUUGUAUCAAGGACCAAUAAUGGCGGCCUCCGUCGAGUUUUCUCCGAUCACGAGGAGUCCAUUUGACCAUCAGCACCGUCCAAUACCAACCUAUCCUCGCUUCUCAACCGUCCGAUGCUCCGCUUCUCAUUUCACUCCCCAAACCCUAACCACCCCUCCGCCAAAACCCUAGACCCCUCCCCCGUCUUCCGAUCAGUGAAGACCUUCGCUCCGGCCACCGUCGCCAACCUCGGCCCCGGCUUUGACUUCCUCGGCUGUGCCGUCGAUGGCCUUGGUGACGUCAUCACCCUCUCCGUCGAUCCUGGUGUUGCUCCCGGCAAAAUAGUCAUCUCCUCCAUCUCCGGCGCUCCCAAGCUUAGCCACAACCCUCUCCGGAACUGCGCUGGCAUCGCCGCCAUUGAGAUCAUGCGCAAGCUUGGUGUCCGAUCCGUCGGGCUUUCUCUUUCUCUUGAGAAGGGGCUUCCGCUCGGUUCCGGUCUUGGUUCCAGUGCUGCGAGCGCCGCCGCCGCCGCUGUGGCAGUUGAUGCUCUCUUCGGCUCAACCCUCACUGCUCACGACCUCGUCCUUGCUGGCCUUGAGUCCGAGGCGAAGGUCAGCGGAUACCACGCCGACAACAUCGGCCCCGCCAUUCUCGGUGGCUUCGUGCUCAUCCGCAGCUACGAACCGUUCGAGAUCCUGCCGCUCAACUUUCCCGCCGAUCGUGAUCUGGUUUUCGUGCUCGUGAGCCCGGAUUUUGAAGCACCGACGAAGAAGAUGAGGGAGGCGUUGCCGGCGGAGGUGGGAAUGAAGGAGCACAUUCGAAACUCGAGUCAGGCGGCGGCGUUGGUUGCGGCGGUGUUACAGGGGGACGCUAGGGUUUUAGGAUCGGCAUUGUCGUCUGACGUGAUUGUGGAGCCAAAGAGGGCGCCUUUGAUACCUGGGAUGGCGGCGGUGAAGGUGGCGGCUAUGGAGGCUGGGGCAUUUGGAUGCACGAUUAGCGGCGCGGGGCCAACUGUGGUGGCCGUGAUUGAUGGAGAGCAGCAGGGGAAGGAGAUUGGUGAUCGGAUGGUUGAGGCCUUCUUGGUGAAUGGUGGUCUGAGGGCUAAGGCCACUGUGUCCAAGCUUGAUCGAGUGGGAGCCAGAGUAAUCAGCAGCAGCAAUCAGUAGAAUGCUCAAGACUCCGGCACUGUGGACGCAUUGCUAUGAGAAUAAUUCAGCCACCACCCAGUGAGCUCGGGACACUCGUCUAUAUGGGUGUGUGACAUCCUGUGCUUAGUUUGAAGAUUGUUUCAUGAGAAGAACAAGUGGCAAAUUCUUGAAUUCUAUGUUGAAAGGGGAGAUAAAUGACAGUUGGAAAAAGACUUGUUCCAUGUUUGGUGGAAUUUUUUUAGUAGUAACUGAUUGUUUGA